AUGGACUCCGACGAGAGAUUAACGGCCUUGAAAAAGGCCUAUGCCGAUAUAAUUUUGAAUACGGCUAAAGAGGCCGCGGCCAGGAUUAUGGUUUCGGAGAAGAGAGCUCUUCGGUUUCAGCGUGAGCUGUAUGCGGCAAAAGAAGAGGCUCUUCAGAUGUUGCUGAGACUGAAACAAAUGAUGGAUUCUAAGAUUUGUGAAGCAGAGAUUAAAUCCUCAAAUCAACAGAAAACGAUUGAAGAACUCGAAGCACAACUCCACGAAGCUGAGGACAUCGUAAGAGACCUCAGAGAAGAGCUGAGAGAAGUGCAGGCUGAACUGGAGAGGGUGUCAAACAACAAAGUACAGCCUCCGGAUGAACUUGAUAUGGCUACUCCUGAGGAAAAAUCAGAGAUUGACGGACUCUAUACUUCUCAGACUCUCAUAUUCCCUCAUCCACAAUCACAACAUGAAUAUAUCGCAGCUUCUAACAUGAGGAAUUUAUAUUUGAAUCCGGGUAAUGAGGGCAAUAAGUGCUCUAGUUCGAUAGUUCAUACUGGGAAUUCCUAUAUGGGAAAUCCUGAUAUUCCCUCGAUAAUAUUAAGAAGAAAAGAGCCUGAGCUGUACAGAAAUGGGUGCACCCAGAGAAUUCGUGCAUGUAAAAGGAAGGCGUUGAGUAAGGCAUUGUCUUAUUCUGGACUAAGUGUAAGAGAAGAUGAAAAAGGUGAAAGGAUCUGUACGACACCCACAAUUCGUGCAUGUAAAAGGAAGGCGUUGAAUAAGGCAUUGUCUCUUUCUGAACUAAUAAAUGAUGUAAAGCAUGAGACAAGUGUAAGAGAAGAUGAGAAAGAUGAAAGGAUCUGUACAAAACCCACUCAUGAGGCCGACCAUAUGUGUACAGAGAACAAGGGAGUGCACCCAAAUAGCAGGCUUGGCAGCUGGUACAAAGUUCAGGCUGUCACGACUGUUUGUAGAAAAAGAAAGAGAGUUACUAGAAAGAGGAAAUAUAGAACAAUCUCUUGCGGGUUUCUUCCUGAACAAUCUAUGAAGAUGGCUCAAGCACCUGCUAUACCCUGCUUGGGUACUCAUUCAACUCCAGUUAAUAACAAUGUUCCCUCCACUGAAAACUCUUCUGAGAUGGCCCCAAGAUUAACUUCAGAUAACACUGGAAUGAGCAUACAGCUGGGAUGUGCAGAAACUAAUGGAAGUGAUGCAGAGUUUGUUAAAGCUUGUGAUUUUCAAAGCACAAUGGUUAAUGAUGAUAUAUUGGUAGAUAAGUUGUUGCUAAUGAGACAACAAAUUGGAUCUACCGAGAGUUCAGGUGCUCCAAUUGGUAGAAUGAAUAUUGAGGAAGUUGAUGUGCCAUUAGAGGACUCAGAAGGGUCAAAAGCACCUGAUACAACUCAUGGGGUUCCUACUCAACCCGUACCUGAUAGGAUUAUCAAGUACACAUUCCAAAGGAAACGAAAAAGAGUCUCUUUGACUAGCAUUGAGGGGAAUAAUUCUCUUGAAACAAGCACUUUUGAGGGAAAACCUGAGGAGAAACAAACUGGUUUCGUUGAGCCACAGAAGUCCAGUUUGAUAACAGAAUCAUCUAGGGACAGUCGGCGACUAGCCCAGGUUGCUCGUCAGCUUAUAUCGUUGUCAGAGAAAAAAUGGUGGCAGUAAUUCUGUUACUUCAUGCAUUCACACAGUAAGGUGGAUGAACUUGGAGGCAAUGUAACUGAAGAUGGUGUUUCGUCUAAGAAUCCAGUCGAGGGAAUUGCAGAUCCUUGAGGUAGUAAUUUAUGGGCAUCAUAUCGAUUAUGUAAUGAUCAUUGGCGUAUUGUUUCAGGGUCUCUCUCUCAUUCACAGGACCAUAACUUGUUGAAAUUGACUGAUUUUUAGUGGUGGUUUCCACCUUUGAGUAUGUUUUAUUGGGGAAAAAUUUUCCACACACACACACACACAUA